GGCAAAGAAGAAUUAGAAGUCCGCCUGUCGGCCAAGAAGACAUCACGGGUGUUUCGUCUCGGAGGCGGUGUGUGAUUGUCGCAUUUACGCGUCUCCGUGCACAAACGGGCUGUUUCCCUUCCUUAACACAACACUGUUGGCCAUUCGAGUGCCUACGCUAGACCGGCUUCCACGGAACUGAUCAGCCGCAGUUGGAAAAAGUGUCACCCCCCGGGGAAUUCUAGCCACAUCGUUCCGACGUGGCUCGUGACUUCGUUCCGCAGGCUAAGCGGCUCCCAAAUCGACGUUCCGUGGUGUAUCCGCAGUGUGUGGUGUCGUUUUAAUAGACUGUCGUGAUCGCUAACUACUGCCGCUACUGUUACUUCGUCCUGAAAAAUGGGUUUGAAGGAUUGCACGAUCGAGCUCGACAACCCGUGGAACACUUAUUACGCCGGGCAGACGGUAAACGGGAAGGUUACGUUUACCUUCGAUGCUCCGAAGAAAAUAAGAGGCAUUGUGAUAAAGUUUUCCGGCGAAGCGGAAACGAAAUGGAGCCAAACGGAAACGAAAACGGACCAGCAAGGCAAGCAGUACGAAUCGACGACAAACCUAACCGGGCAGGAGGAGUACUUCCAAAUUCAGUACUAUCUGCUUGGUGGUAAGAACGCAGCCGAAAUGGAACUGCCUCGCGGAACGCACAGUUAUCCGUUCACCUGCGCACUGCCGCCGACGCUACCUUCCUCGUUCGAAGGCGAAUGGGGCUUUGUCCGGUACACGAUCAAGGUGACGCUCGAUCGACCGUGGAAGUUUGAUCAGGACUUGAAGAUGGCGUUCACGGUGAUUUCGCCGGUCGAUCUGAAUCUCAAUCCGCGCGUCAAGGACCCAUUCAAACUGGAGCUGGAGAAAACAUUCUGCUGCUUUUGCUGCGCUUCCGGCCCGCUGAGUGUGAUCGUCCGCAUACCGGUGACGGGUUUUGUGUCCGGCCAGACGGUACCGGUAACGGUCGAGUGCGACAAUGCGAGCAAUGUCGGUGUGGAAAAGAUCGAGCUACACCUGCGCAAGCUGCUGGCCUUCCAUGUGCACACGCCCCGGCGCGAAACGAAGCGCAAGAAGGAGGUCAUCACCUCGAUCCAGAUGGGUCCGGUCGAGGCGGGUAACAGUCAAACGUGGCAGCAGAACAUCCAGAUACCGCCGCUUCCACCAUCAAAUCUGGUCAACUGCGGAAUCAUCGACGUCGACUACGACAUUAAGGUAGUGGCUCAUGCGUCCGGCAUGCACGCCAAUUUGGACGGCAACAUACCGAUCGUUCUCGGUACGGUGCCGCUGGAAUCGUUUCAGCCACCGCCGGCCUACACGGACAAUCCGCCGGUCGCUGUCCACACGAUCGGUGCCGAAACCGAUCCUUCCAUGCUGCCAACGCAACCGGUUAGUCCGGCUAGCCCACCGAACAACGGGGCCGGUGGGGCGAUCGGUUGGAGCGUUGGCGGUGGCAAUAUGUUCCCGAAUAUACCUCCACCAACAUUUGCUGAAUCCGCUUAUAAGGCAUCCACAAUCACAGAUAAAAAUGAUUCGGAGCAUACGCGCAUGAUCGGUGGGGUAGAGUAUGCUCCUCGGUAUCCAACCUAUGCCUUCACACCCAGUGCACCACCUGUAAACUAUUGAUCAGUUCGCUGCCAUACCCAACCAGCGACAGCAGCUACCAGACCAGUGUACUCGAUCGGCAGUUUACUAUGAUCACUACCACACUUCAUUAGGAAGUAUUUCCUUUCUCGUGUGACAAAACACGAAGGCUACUGUUUCCAUUUAUUACUAUCAAAAUGAACUCAGAUCAACAGGCUAUUUCAUUCGAUCUGCCAUCCCGCGGAUCCAUUCGUAGCAGCUGUUGAUAUAUAAUACCAGCCUUGCUAAAAGGAAGAAAAUCCUAUACUUUAUUUGGCAGCAUAAGCUAAACAUUACUAGAGUACGCGCAAGGCAGAACAAAAGGAGGGGAAGCCUUGUCUAUACGCGUUUGGGCGAUUUUUUUUCCUUAUCAGGUGAUAUCUGCAAUUUCAUGUAUGAAUUCUUUUUCAACAGACAUCACACAUCAGCUGUCUACUAGAGAGUGUUAUUAUUACUCGCUACAUCUCGAAUAAUAAAUGAAAAAUAUAUAGAAAGAAGGAAUGGAAGGACGUAAGCGAAACCCGUGAUUAGGGGUUACGUUAAAGCGCAAGUGAGAAGAGGUCCAGGAUGCCAAACCAACCAUCACAACCAUAGAUCCAGAUAACCGGAGAAGCGUAAUAAGUAGGAGCUACUACAAACGCAAUCGAACGAAUGUAUUAUAGGGAUUGUCAAUGACUGCACCGUGGACUGUAAACAGUUCACUGACACAGUGCCUAGAAGUUUUUAAACUACGUAGAACGAACCACGUCGAUCCAACAAGAAAUCAAUCCAGCCAAAAAUGGCGGCACAAAAGGUUUUGAAAAAAAAGAACCAGCUCACCAUUAAAAAAACUUUAAGAAACCAAUAACUGCAAUCAUAUUCUGUCAUACAUUUAAUUUAAACUGAGGAUUAUAAAAGGUUUCGCUAGGUAAUGUCCAUUAAAGCGAAAGAGGCACAGGAGCAUAGAAAGAGAUAGUUUUAACAACAGCUUCUAAGAAAACAUAAAAAUCAAAAUGUCCUCAUUAACUAUUACA